CGCCAGGGCGGGCGGCGGGGGUCAGCGGGCGGGGACUGGGAAGGCCGUGCGGGGCCCCGCGAAGCCGACGUUCGGAGGUUGCGGGUCCGAGGCCCUGCAGGAGGAGCCAGCAUUUGUCUCCAUUUGAUGGGCGGAUCAGAGGCUCAGAGGUUGGAACUGAGUCCCCCAACAUUGGAUCCCUGGAGGCUCCGGUUGCGGGUUAGCGCUUCCGAGUCCGGGACGAGGGAGGCCGAGGACCACCGAGGAGGCUGGAGCCAACAGCGGCCGGAGCUGCCAGCCCUUUGAAACUGAACCACCGCGACGCAGACGGGAAGCAGAGGGUGAGGGCCAGGCCCCGUGGGGGCUGAUGGCCGGCGGACGACAGAAUGGGCACCGAGUGCUGUGUUGGCUCUGCUUGCUGCUAACAGUGGAGAGAGUGCCCGGGGCCUGGGGCCUGUCUACAGGGGCCCACACCAGCCCCCCAUUUCCAGCCUCAGGUGUGAACCAGACCUCCGUGGUAGACGUGAGUAUCCAGGCGGAAAGCUGGCAUCAGUGUCGUGACGUGUGCGGCCUGAACGCCUCCGACCGCUGCGGCUUCGUCCGGACCAACCCUGACUGCCGCAGUGAGGGCGGCUACCUGGACUACCUGGAGGGCAUCUUCUGCCACUUCCCCCCCAGCCUGCUCCCCCUGGCCAUCACCCUCUACGCUCUCUGGCUGCUCUACCUGUUUCUGAUCCUGGGAGUCACCGCGGAGAAGUUUUUCUGCCCUAACCUGUCAGCUAUUUCCACGACGCUCAAGCUGUCCCACAACGUGGCAGGCGUCACCUUCCUGGCGUUCGGCAAUGGCGCGCCCGACAUCUUCAGCGCGCUGGUGGCCUUCUCGGACCCGCACACGGCCGGCCUGGCCUUCGGGGCGCUGUUCGGCGCCGGCGUGCUGGUGACCACCGUGGUGGCCGGCGGCAUCGCCAUCCUGCGCCCCUUCACGGCCGCCUCCCGGCCCUUCCUCCGGGACAUCGCCUUCUACAUGGCGGCCGCCUUCCUGACCUUCACCGCCCUCUACCGCGGCCGCGUCACGCUGGCCUGGGCCCUGGGGUACCUCUGCCUGUACGCCUUCUACGUGGUCACCGUGGUUCUUUGCACCUGGAUCUACCGGUGGCAGCGGCGCCGGUCCCUGGCCGCCUCCAUGCCAGCUACUCCAGAGAUGCUCUCGGACUCCGAGGAGGACGACGACCAGGUGUCUUCUACCACCGCCAGCUAUGACUACCGGGAAGAGUACCAGCCGCUGCUUUUCUACCAGGAGACCACAGCUCAGAUCCUGGUCCAGGCCCUCAACCCGCUGGACUGCAGGAAGUGGAGGAGCAAGCCGGCCUACUGGAGGGUCCUCAAGGUGCUCAAGCUGCCUGCGGAGCUGCUGUUGCUCCUCACUGUCCCCCUGGUGGACCCCGACAAGGAGGACAGGAACUGGAAGCGGCCCCUCAACUGCCUGCAGCUGGCCAUCAGCCCCCUGGUGCUGGUCCUGACGCUGCAGUCGGGGGCCUACGGCGUCUAUGAGAUAGGCGGCCUCGUCCCUGUCUGGGGCGUGGUGGUGAUCGCGGGCACGGCCGUGGCUGCGGUGACCUUCUUCGCCACUUCCAACAGCGAGCCCCCCAGGCUCCACUGGGCCUUCGCCUUCCUGGGCUUCCUGACCAGCGCCCUGUGGAUCAACGCGGCCGCCACGGAGGUGGUGAACAUCCUGCGGGCGCUGGGCGUGGUCUUCCGGCUGAGCAACACCGUGCUGGGCCUCACGCUGCUGGCCUGGGGGAACAGCAUCGGAGACGUCUUCUCCGAUUUCACGCUGGCCCGCCAGGGCUACCCCCGGAUGGCGUUCUCCGCCUGCUUCGGUGGCAUCAUCUUCAACGUGCUGGUGGGCGUGGGCCUGGGCUGCCUGCUGCAGAUCUCCCGGGGCCACGCGGAGGUGAAGCUGGAGCCGGAUGGACUGUUGGUGUGGGUCCUGGCGGGCGCCCUGGGCCUCAGCCUCGUCUGUUCGCUGGUGGCGGUCCCGCUGCAGUGCUUCCAGCUGAGCAAGACCUACGGCUGCUGCCUUCUCCUCUUCUACGUGAGCUUCCUCCUGGUGGCCCUGCUCACCGAAUUUGGGGUGAUUCACUUGAAAAGUGUGUGAGGGAAGCUGCGCGCCGGGUCCACCUGGCGGCCGGGAGGUGUCACUGCAGGCGGCGAGCUGGAAGAUGGAGGAGGAUGCUGUGGAGACCCAUGCGUGGCGGGGAGUGAGGUGUGGGCUGGACGUGGGGUCGCUCGCUUUGCUAGAGGUUCCCAGGCACUGCUGAGUGCAGGGAGGACGCCGAGCCUCCUAUCUGGGGCUUUGGAGGCUGGCCUUGCCUGGGUGGACAGCCUCAGGCAGAAGGAAGGAGACUUCCUUGGAUUAUCUGGAGCCUCUGGAAGGCUGGGGUGUAGGGGUGACUGGGUGCCGUCCAGGCUGGUGUUGGAAGGACUGGGACGUGUUCAGGGCUGGAGGCAAGUAAGAGGCCGAGGCCCAGCCCCACCCCACGGGUGUUCCUGCCCCCACGGGUGUCCCUGCCGCCCGCCCGCCCGCCCGCCUGCAUCUUCUCAGGGUUUAUGCUGCCAAAGCCAGGCUUAGGGGCUCAGGGUGGUGGGACCUGCGGACAGGGUGCCAGGCCGUCGUGGGCUGAAUCCUAGAGCUGCACCGUCUGACAGAAUCGGAAUGGGACACGUAUCUCAUUUGGAAUUUUCUAGUCACCAUGUUAAUAAAGCCCAAAGCAACAGGUG